AUGGGAGCACAGCAGAGUACUGGAGGGCGUACCUUCGCACUACAGUCAGAAGAGCAAGAGCAGGAUCCCUCUGUGAUCCAAGAACUUUCGGGUUUACCACCUCAAAGAGAGAUAGACUUCUCUAUAGAACUUCAACCGGGAACAACACCAAUCUCCAUGGCACCGUAUCAAAUGGCCCCUGCAGAACUAAAGGAGUUUAAGACCCAAUUGCAAGAGCUGUUAGACAAAGGAUUCAUCCGACCAAGUAUAUCACCAUGGGAAGCGCCUGCAUUGUUCGUGAAGAAGAAAGAGGGAACACUUCCGCUGUGUAUUGACUAUAGGAAGUUAAACCAAGUCAAGGCUACCAUAGUUAAGGAUUCGGGAGGAGGAUAUCGCCAAGGUAGCCUUCUGUACCAGAUACGGACACUACGAGUUUGUGGUGAUGCAGUUUGGACUGACCAACGCUCCAGCAGGAGGAGCACGAGGAACACCUUGGAUAGUGCUACAAUAUCCAAGGAAGGAAUAGCGGUGGAUGAAAGUAAAGUUGAAGCAGUAUUGAAUUGGAAACAGCCAACCUCGAAAGGAGUGAAGCUGGAUUGGAAUGAAGCCUGUGAGAAAUCCUUUCAAGAGUUGAAGAAGAAACUGACCAGUGCACCGAUACUCAUCAUUUCCGAGCGGGGUGUAGAUUAUACGGUUUAUUGCGACGCGUCAAGAGAUGGCUUGGGAUGCGUGCUGAUGCAGAAUGGAAAAGCUGUGGCCUACGGAUCCCGACAACUUCGACCGCAUGAGAAGAAUUAUCCUACUCAUGAUCUUGAUUUGGCUACAGUAGUAUUCGCCCUCAAAAGCUGGCAUUACUAUCUGUGGGGAGAACAAUUCGAAGUUUUCACCGACCACAAGAGGCUUAAAUAUCUAUUCAACUCUCAAAAGGAGUUGAACCUGAGAUAG